AGCAAGGUAGACGGCGAAAGGUGAGAGUAAACGAGGAGGAGGCGACGAAGUUCAACCAGAUUUGUCCCCGAUCUUUGAUGUGCCCACGUGGGUGAUUUGAUUCCAGAUAAUCAUAUCGUGGGCUGCCACCUGCCAGAGUUCAACGUUCAACCGCUCUGGCGCAUGGCUGCAGUGACUCGACCACCAUCUGCGGGCUCUCUCGCGAGGUCCUUGGAUCUGUCGCCACUCGACAGUCUAUUAUCAUCAACCACUUACUCAGCCUCCCUUUGUCGUCCUACCUGGCUUACCAAGAAACCCAAGGUUUCCACAUAUAUACGCAGGGCCACGCACUGGUUGCUGGUGCUUGCUUCCUUCUUGACUUGCGCCACUACAGUAUCUGGAUUGUCAUAUCCCUCUGUCGCCCUAGCGAAUCAAUCGCCGUUGAUUAUGGCUUCCGAUAACGCUACGCCUCAACCUACCCUCUCCACGACUUGGGAUGUACUCGGACCUUUCCCGAUACACGCCCGCGAGCAACAUCUACUAUCCCCCUCUUUCCCUCUUGACCUGAGGAAUGAACCAUGCGUGGAUCCCGAUGCGAUUUACCCUUCCUCAUACGCCGAUAAUGGCACUAUUUCAUGGUCAACUACAACCUUGUCAGCCGACGGCUCCCUCAAGGUCUCCUUCCCCAAUAUCAGAUGGCAAGCUCUCCGCGCGACCGAAGGCUGGGCAGCCCUGCAGCACCACGCCCUCCUACACGGCACCCUUACAGUGCCUGAGGACGCGACGCACCAUCGCCUGCUCGUGAGCCUCAUCCAAGGUGCCUACUUCACUAUUCUACCGCGCGGCAGAUUGGGCCUCGAACCGCAGUGGUACGCGGGCAAUAUCUACGAUCUUUCGGCGUCGCAGCCGCAGAGCGUGCCCAUCGAGCCGGGCGAAUACGAUAUCUGGGUUGCGGGGGAUUACGAGAUCCGUCUAUUCGGCGACCCAGGCGACGGCGUUCCGAUCCAAAGCCUGCGCCUCACAGUCGAGCUCGAGUCCAUCGCCGAGCCGUCCGUCCAGGCCGUGCCAACUCACCAUGUCUACCCCGACUUCCUGGAUGGGCUCGCUUUUGGAGAGGCCAUCGGGUUUGGCGUGCGGAGCAUCGCUGGUUGGUGGUCUGUCGCAGACGUCGCGCUCAAAACCUCUGUCUCGGGUCUCUCCCUCACCCUCGUCCUCCCGAACGCGACCCUAGCCCCGUCGCAAACCCGCAUCAUCCCCAUCCGCCUCUCGCAAACCGAGCCUCUACCCACAGACGUCCAGUCCCUUGACAUCUCGCUCACUUUGCAGAAAGAAGAACCCAUCGAGGGCCGCCACUUGCAGUCCGCCCACGAUCGAGAGCUAUAUGGCCCUCUCACCGCAGAGACGGUGACCCUCUCAUUCAGCAUUCCAAUCACGAAAACUGGAAAGUACAUCAAGGGCACCUACCUCUACUCUGGCACGAUGCCUACCGCGUUCUACGCCAUUCCGCCUGCGUCAAGUGACCUGGCGUUGCAGGGGCCGGUAUUGCUGGCUUUGCAUGGCGCCGGCGUCGACAUCUUCAGCACUACAUUUUGGCAAGAUGCGCUCCCGCGGGUCGAAAAGCACUGGACCGUCGUACCGAGCGGGCGCACGUCGUGGGGCCUCGACUGGCACGGCUCCUCCGCCCUCGAUGCCUGGCGGUCCUUUGACGCGCUCGUCGAUAUCGUCAAGGCGCGCAAUAUUGCCGUGCGCACGAACCCUAUUGCCGUGGAUGCGAAGCCUAAGGCUCUACUGGUCGGACAUUCCAACGGCGGGCAAGGCGCCUGGUACCUCGCCUCCCGAUUCCCAGACCGCGUAAUAGGUGUCGUCGCGGCGGCGGCGUAUAUCAAGAGCCAGGCGUACGUGAGUUUGGGGAUGGGGAGAGGCGCUCACUACGCGGACCCGGCUCUGAAUGGCAUUCUGGACGCGUCGUUCGCAGCGGACGACAACGACCUAUUCCUCACCAAUCUGGCCGAUAUACCGAUUUAUGCGAUUCAUGGCGGCGCAGACGAGAACGUCCCCGUCUGGCACACGCGCGAGCUCGUCAGCACGCUCAAGACGCUCAAUCCGAAGGCGGAUGUCACCUACCGCGAAGACCCCGGUCAGCCCCAUUGGUACGAUGGUAUAUUCGACGAGCGCGUCGACGCUUUCAUCGAUCGCGUCUUGUCCUCUCCAACUGCCUUGGCAGCACCUGCAUCGCCUUACUCCAAGGCCAUCGAGCGCUUCACCCUCACCGUCGCCAGCCCCACGGAGAGCGGCACGCUGCAUGGGUGGGCGGUCGAGGAGCUCGCAGUGCCGGGACGCCUGGCGAAGCUGAGUGUGGCACGCACGAUUCCUGGGCGGGUGGAUGUGAAGACACAGAACGUUGCUGCUUUCACCGUGGAUAAGGAUGUGUUUGAGCACUUGCGCGAGGUCACGAUCAAUGGGAAGGAAGUCGAGCUCAGGGGACUUGCCAAGGGUACGAUGCGAGCCAGGUUUUCGUUCAAAAACAAAGAAUGGGUGGUAACGGACCAAGACGACGAACACCACCCUCGGCAGCCUCUCCGUGCCCAGUCCAUCCUCUCCACCGCGCACGGCCCCAUCAAGGUCUCCGUACCCUCUCUCGCUCCCGACAGCCCCGAACUCUCCCUCGCCCUCCGCAUCGUGCAUGACCUGGACACCUACCAUAAACUGGAUGCGGAAAUUAUCGAAGGCCGCCCGAACGACCGAAGCAGCCUCGUCGCCAUCCAGGUCGGCAAACCGAGUGACGCCUACUGCAGGCUUCUUGAGGACGACAGUGCGGUUCUGUUGCCGAGGGCCGAUGGGGUGUGCUUCCGCGGCAAGAAGGAGCAUCGCGUACAUAAACCGGGGACGGGCGUGAUAGCCUUGGACCCGAACGUGGUCGACGGUCGGACGAAGAUUUACCUCUACGCAGCGGAUGUCGCUGGAUUGGAGCGGCUGGGGCGUCUCUUUCCCAUUCGUACCGGGGUGAAAGUCCCAGGGUGGAUGGUUGUCGGGCCAGAGAUGGAUACGAAGAGCUCGGGUGGUAUUCUGGGAGCUGGAUUCUUUGGAACAGGAGGAGAGUGGAAUGUGGGCAUGUCUUGGUUCUCCGAGUAGAUAUAGGUUGUAAAGUCGAACAUUCACGUGUAUGUCAUGCCCGCAGUUGUGGGUCCAGCUGAUGGGCGAAACGAGCGUCGAUCGUAAUGGG